CCCGAGUCACCAUCAAUAUUAUCCGGAUCAUUUGCCUUUUGCUGGACUAUUUCCCAUAUCUUAAACCAUUUUAGGCUGCAAUCCUUCGCAGCCCCUUUUGCUAUAUUCAGGACGCAAAGAAUGCUAUGCUCAGGUUUCUCCGCGCCGCGAUGACUUCUUCCCCGAAACGAGUUCCCAUCCCCGCCAACGGGGUCGACUACCGUGGCAAGGUUGUACUUGCACCGAUGGUGCGGUCCGGAGAACUGCCAUCCCGCCUCCUAGCUCUGCAUUACGGAGCAGACCUUGUUUGGGGUCCGGAAACGAUCGAUAAAGCGAUGAUUGGUACCUCGCGGCGUGUAAACCCCCGCAAUGGCACUAUCGAAUUCACCCGGAUGCCGUCGAACAGCAUUAAAAAGGAAAACGCACAAGAAUCCAUUAUAUACCGUAUUGAUCCAGUUCGAGAGAAGGGAAAGCUUAUAUUUCAGAUGGGGACAGCCUCGCCCGAACUGGCUGUUCAGGCAGGCAAGUUGGUCGCAGCUGAUGUAAAUGGUAUCGAUGUCAACUCGGGGUGUCCAAAGCCGUUCAGUACGAUGGGUGGGAUGGGCGCCGCAUUGCUGCGUACUCCGGAUAAACUUGUGUCCAUCCUUGAAGCGCUGGUCAAGGAAGUUGGCGAGCCAUAUCAGAUCGGCAUUUCGGUCAAGAUUCGUCUUCUCGAGACACCUGAACUUACAGAAAGCCUGGUGUCGAGGCUAGUACGAACUGGGAUCCAUGGCCUCACUAUUCAUUGCCGAACAACACCUAUGCGCCCCCGCGAGCGUGCAAUCCGGGACCAGCUCCGUAUGAUCGUCGAAACCUGCCACAACGCCGGUGUCUCCUGCGUCAUAAACGGAGAUGUUACUUCUCGCGACGAUGGACUCGCCCUGAUGCAAGAAUACGGCGCAGAUGGCGCCAUGAUUGCCACAGCUGCAGAGGCAAACUCCUCCUGUUUCCGGUCCGAAGCAGAUGGCGGCAUCGCUCACUGGCGUGAGGUAGCCCACACCUACGUCAAGUUCGGCAUGGAGUGCGAAAACCGCUUCGGAAACACCAAAUACCUCAUGAACAUUAUUGUGCCUGGAAAAGACAAAGAAUUCAAGGACAUCGCUCGGUCCAAGCAAGCAAAAUGCUACUUUGAUUUCUGCCACAUCCUGGGCUUCGAAGACCUCAUGCCCGCUGCUUUGAAGGUUGACGAUACCCUCAACCUCACCGAGAAGUCGAUUAUCAAGGCCGGCAACGAACCCACCCGCAGCAAAGCUGUUGAAAAUGCCAAAACCAACAACGACACUGCCAGGGCCGCGGGCGGCGGUCCGAGGUCCAAGCCCGCCUCCCCUGCCACUGCUGGCGGAAUUGGACCUGUUCGCACAAACUCCAUCCCUAAGCCCACGAAGACUGAAGAGAAGCCAGCGGAGGUGGACUCAUCCACUAUCCCAGCUCCCCAGAACGAAGGGCUGGCUGUCUAACUGCGUUCGUCUUCUCAUCUUUUUCUCUGUUAAGGGCAUAUUCGGCGUUCAGAUAUAGAUAAGAUAUACGACUAUGCGAUACUCGGUGGUUUCUUGAUUCCUUACUUGCAUUGUUGGUGUUGAUUUUUGACGAUUCAGUGUUAUGCUCUUAGAGGUUCGAGAUUCCCAUAGCUUAUCAUUUCAUAUAAUUCAAUCACAACAUAUCAUUUCCUAGGAAUGAGCAUUCAUUCUUCAGCUUUCGUCAAAAUUGGCAUUAGAGAGUAUAUGUACACCAAGACACCAUUGAGUUAGAUUACAGAAAAGGA